AUGGCGGCCCCCGGCGGGCUGGGCCGCUGCGUGGCCGCCUUCUGGCUGGCGCUGGCCUUCGACGCGCUGGGCCUGGCGGUGCUGCUGGCCGGCGUGUUCGCCGACGUGUUCUUCUCCGACCUGCUCAUCUACGCGGGCGGCAUCGGCAUCUUCCUCAGCCUCGUCUGGUGGGUGUUCUGGUACGCGGGCAACCUGGAGGUGCCGCCGGAGGAGCUGCGCGACGACGUGGGGCUGGCGCCGCCCAAGGGUCGCGGGGACAGCCUGCUGCGGGGGCUGGUGCACGGCCUCAGCCUCCGCCUCUCCUCCGCCUUCGCCCCCUCGCCGCGCCCCCGCGCCGCCGCCGACCUGGAGCUCCAACCUAGCCCACACAGAGAGGAUGAAGAUACCCAGAAAUCUUGCUCUAACGCCCUGCGCCUCCGCUCCAGCCAAUGCCCAGUUGCUUCCCGAGGUCGAAUUCUGGUUUAG